AUUAGAGACUUUAGACAUUUAAUUUUGACUUUUGUUAUAUCGCCAAAAUAAAUCUUCCAAAACGAUGUCAUUAGGAAGACAGUUGCAGCCAGCUUCCUCUGCCUUACACUUUCAAAUUGCAGAAAGAUUUGAAUUAUGCAAUUGUGGUGUUAAGUACGGUUUCUCAGAGAUGUAAUUAGUUCAGACAUUCAUCAUUUUCAAUUCUUGUUAUUUAAGUUUGAGACGGUCACAUGAUACGUCGUAGAAACAUGUUUUGAUAUAUUUGAACACCACGAACAGUUUGCAUGCCCGAAAUAAAUUUCACGAGGAUAUGCCCGACUGAAUUAUUCUAACCGGCAAAUAUUCGAGCGUUUAAAUAUAUUAAAACAUGGAUUUACUGUAUUUUUUAGAAUCAAAUAUCUCUUUUAUUUGAUCAUGUGGUUGAAAUAAGGAAGCACUAUUUUAUUGCGUAUGCAUGGCGCUAGCUAUAGUAGGCUAAUGUGACGUCAACGUAUUCAGUGUAUUAAUACUGUUAAAAAAACACUGGAGGUUAACAAGUCCCGUGGAAUAAUUAAGAAAUAUGUUAGACAUCAAAGGAGUUCUUUGGCAAACCUAAUAAUCCAUUACCAACUUUUAGUAACAUCGAUCUAUCGGAAAAUCGAUAAAUUUGCCUAUAUAAACAAAGAAGGAAAAAAUUACUUAAACUUCAAUAGAAAAAGUUCUAUUUGGAAAUCAAAAAUUCGAUACCCCACAAAUUAAAGUUUAAUUUAUUCCGGAUAUUAUGAAUAUUUUUUUUUUUAAAUAUUUUAAUAUUUGGUUGGUCCUUUUUGACUUUAAAUAGACCCACCUCAGUUCAUAUAGACUCUGUAGGAAACGGGUAAAAAAACUGACUUUUUCAAAUAUAACAGAUAAAAUGAGAUAUUUUCCGCAAAUAAUCAAAAAAUCGAUACCCCUAAAAAUGUAGAAAAAUUAUUCAGUUUUCGUUAUGUGUAAUUUGUUUUAAAUUUAAUAAUGGUUUGUUUGGUCCUUUUUGCAUUUUAGUGUGUACAGUGAACAUUUCUUCAAAAUUCCGGCUUUUUCCGCCGUUAUCCGUAAGUAUUCGGAAGCUGUUACGGAAAAUAUUGUCGUCUGCUAGCCUGACUUUGUCGGUACAAAUUGUUAUAGCUCAAAGCCUAUGAAUUGUAGGCAACUUCACAUUGACAAAAAAAGAACUGAGAUUGUAAUUCGACAAAUUAAAACAAAUUUAUUGUUGAACUCAGAAACGCCGAAACCUAGAUCCAAGUUUCCAAGUUAGUUUAUUCAACAAAUUCUCAGUUUGUAUGUCGUUUAAAAUAACGCUAUGGAGGAUUUAGUGUUCAGUUCGCAUUAAAUAUACAAAUGCUUUUAAUUUUCAUCGCAAAAAAAUACUUAAAAGAACUAAUUUUCGUGUGUUUCCGUAAAAUAUAGUCUGUCAGUAAUUGAGUUUCAAAGCAUCCUUGAGGAAUAUUGCGAUGAUUAAUUUCCAGAUACCUAUAUUAUUUUUUGCCGAACGAUCUGGAGACUUUUUUAUUGCCGCGGCGGUCCGGGUCCGAUACCCGACGCGGUCAUCUUUUUUUCUUCAUAUGGGAUUUUGUAAUAAUUUUGAAGCAAAAAAAAAUCAUUUUCUACUAUUCAUAAUAUGACCAAACUUUAAUUUGAAAGAUAGCCUUGAUGAACUGAUAAUUCUGCUUCUUUCCGAACCUCCUUUGUAUAUAUUUAUAAUUUACUAGCUUUGUAUCGGGAAAUAUGCACGAGUUCUCAGCGGAAGGAGCGCAAUAUGCUUCCGCUGAAGAACGAGUGCAUAUUUCCUGAUGCAAAGAUAAUAACCUUUUUAUUACAUACACAUCUACACGUAUAAAUAUAAUGCAAAUAUCAUACAUUUGUUCAAUAGCCUGAAUAGAAUUGACAAUACUGGACUUAAUAGAAAAAAAAUAGUGCAAGAACAAACACUGAAUUACGUCACGCACCCGAUAUGAAAUUCAGGCGUCAGUGUAUGGAAAAAUAUUGACGUUUCCGGUACCAGUGUAACUUAACAGGGAAUAGAAACGAAUAGGCUAAAUGUAUGAAGUGGGUGCGCCCAUAUGUUUCACCACCGACUGGAUCCGCUCUUGGGAAAAUAGAAAUCAAAAUGACGAGUCACAGAGAUUGAUACACUAUAUUAAUAGCAGUAAAAUGGCUGAUGGAAGGUUGUCCACAUCAAUCAAAGACGGUUCGGAUGCGGAUUUUGACUACAUAUGUACGCCGUGUGAGGAAGACCAUAUCAGGGAGGAAGCUGUCAAGUAUUGUCCGGAAUGUGAGGAGUAUUUGUGUACAAAAUGUACCAAUCAGCAUGGCCGGAGAAAAGCUACUCUUUCACAUAAGCUACUAGACAAAGACGCCACUAAACGAGGGUCUAUGGUAACCAUAGCUACAAAAUGUCGUUACCAUCCAAACAGAGACAUUGAGAUGUACUGUGGAGCCCAUGAUAUGGUCUAUUGUCUGAAGUGCAUAGCAAAGGAACAUAGGUCAUGCAAUGACGUUAGUGAAAUAGAAGACGUACACACAUCUUUCGUUCAUCAAAAGGAGGUACAACGUUUACAGGAUCAGACGAGAAACAUUCAAGAACGUCUUAUUGCCAUUGACAGGAAAACACAGAAAAACAUCGAUAGCCUUGAAGAGCAAAGGGACGAUGUACUUGCCAAAAUCGAGGAAAUUGAGAAGAACCUGAUAGAACAUAUCCGGAAAUUAAAAUAUGAAGCAAUUAGCACUCUUAACAAGGACUAUACUUCGGAGAAAGAAGAACUGAAACAUAGUAUCAACAUAAUGACAAACACGAAAAAGGAAAUAGAGAAUGCCAGUAGUCAGUUACAGACAUUUACCAGUAUGGAAGCGGGACAACAGUUUGUUCAGAUGAAACUGAUACAGCAGACUGUAAAGGAUGCAGUAAAAUUGGUCGAAGAACGCGAGGCGACAGGUAGUAAAACUUUAUGUUUUACAGAAAAUACAGAUUUGAAGACCUCCAUUAUGGCAGCGACACCUUUAGGGCAUGUGAAUACAGUAACAGAAAAUGAACGUCAAACUGCCCAAAGAAUAUGUAAGGUGAAAUCAAAGGGGAUUAAUAUCAAAAUGCAAAACGACCGUAAAAGGUGUUAUAUAAUUGAUGUAUGUCAGCUACAGGACGGUACGAUCAUGCUGGCUGACUGCGAUAAUAAGAAGAUUAAGAGGCUUGAUAUGAAUUACAACAUCAAGGAUCACUGUGACCCAGGUAGCUAUCCUAUGGGUAUCUGUUGUACUGGUCAGAAUGAAGUCGCUGUGAAGAUGUACAACAACAAGGUUCAGUUUAUUUCAGUCGGCAGUUCAUUGUCUAAGCUGAGCGAGAUAACUGUAGAAGGCGGAGGCUUUUGGGGAAUGGCUUUCUGUGCUGGAGAGCUGUGGAUACCUUCCGGAAUGAGUGUCAAUGUCUACAGUACAUCCGGUACUUUACUGAAAACUAUUAGCAAAGAUAUCAAGACAAUAUGUAAAUCGACAAUUCGGCAUAUGGCAGGCAGUGGGGAAACUGUUAUCGUAACAGACAACAGUGAUGGUGCCGUAUGUCUGGGAAGAAAUUAUACGGUACAAAGAGAACUUCGGGACAAAAGGCUUGUCAACACAUUAGGUGUAUGUGUAUCGAGUGAUGGAACCGUAUUCCUGUCUGGAUUUAGUUCACAAAACAUUGUGAUGUUUGAUAAGACUGGGAAAAACCUCGGAGAGUUGGUACCCAAAGACGCUGGUUUGGAGAAUCAAGCUGCGUUGCAUUAUGACGACAAAAGAAAUUGUUUAAUCGUAACAUGUGCUAAUUCUGACAAAGUAAUUAUUUUUGAUAUAUCCGAUUGAUUUUACGUAUUCAUUUGUACUUUUAAGAUUUCAAACCAACUAAGAGCUGUGCCUAAUGAUAUCUAAAUAAAUUAUGAAUUUUAAACUGAA